AUGGGCAGGCUCAUCAAAAACCACUGGGCACGACUAAUCAUUCUCACAGCAGCAGCCUUCCAAAUAGGCAGCGCAGUCGAAGGAUUUAUCUGGCCCAAAAUCCUCUGGGACUUCAUGACGAAAAACCUCAACGGCGCCGUAAAGCCCGCCCCGAUCCUCCAAAUCCUCAACCUACUCAUGGGCCUCCUCGGACUUGCAUGGGAAUGGCCGUUGAAAUUUGUCGCGGGGACGUUUCCGCAUCGAAGUAUUGAGACGAGACUUGUUGUGUAUCCGUUGAGUGCGAUGUUCGCGGCGCUGCUUUAUCAGGGGACGCAUCCGGCGCUUUAUUAUUUGGUGGGCAUGGGGGUUUAUUUUUGGGCCUAUACGGAGGGGGAGGUAUGUAUUAGCUCUUGGUUUCUUGAUUGUUGA